AUGAAACCAGAUGAGGAGAUUUCUCCGCCGAAUGGCAUUCGUCCAAAGAAGAACAAUUCGAUUUUCAGAUAUCAUGGAAAGACAGACUCAACACGUUCCGUUCCCGUGUCCACUUUACAACCGAUUUACGUUGCUGAACCCUUGGAGAUCGUAGAAGGACCUCAUCAUGGAACUCUCGUUUUGGAUGGUCAGCCGUGUGCCGCGUUCGACUAUAGUCAACUACUCUCGCGAAGUGUCAUAUACAGACACGACGGAAGCGAGACCACACAGGAUCAGCUGGAAUUUCAG